UGGACAUUGAACAUUGUGAAAAUAUAAAACACGGACCGUGGCUGAAGGUCGUAUGACGUUAUCGGGAUGAUUCUUGUUUUGUGUCUCUUUGCGUUCGCGCAUCAAGCCACAGUAAACUCAUUGACUUUUGAAUUAGAAGACAGGUCUUCUCAGUGUUUUUAUGAGGAGUUUUCCACGGGUGAUAGCUUUAAUUUAGCGUUCAACGUAAUAUCCGGUGGGAAUUACGAUGUAGACAUGGUACUUGAGGAUCCUCACAAAAAUGUCAUUAGAUCAUUUCACCGUUCAAGUUCUGAUGAAGUCACUGUUGAUGUUGCUGUAGGAGGUAUUUAUAAGGUUUGCUUUAGUAAUUAUUUCUCUUCUAUAUCUCACAAAGUUGUGUCGAUGAUGUGGCACAAUUCCAGUUCUAAUCCUCCAGAAAGUCCAUCACUUUCAGGUGUUAGUACCCAGAUUUCACAGAGUUUAUAUAAUUUACACUCAACAAUUUCCAAGGCUAUAACCCAGCAGUUUGAAAGUCGUGUACUUUUAACACGAUCUUAUUCAAAUGCAAUUUUUCUUCAUUAUCGUGUACUAUAUUGGUCAUUAGGUCAAGCAUUGGUUAUUAUUUUAUUUGGAAUUGGUCAAGUCUUAGUUAUGCGAUCGUUCUUCACAUCUCCAUCAAAUCAACGAUCUACAAAGCCUAUUCCAAUGUCUACUACACCAUUACAUACAGUUAGCUUUUAAUAAACUUUUUUUCUUCUCAACUGGUAUUUAUUAUCAUUGAAAUACCGAAAUUCUUUCUGUACCGAACGUUUUCUUUUAGAACAUAUUCAUGUGAUAUGUAUGACAAAGUGAUUUUCUAUUCACUUCUUUAUAAAACUAGACCUUUUUUUUUACAUAUCUUCUGGUUUCCUAAUCUUUUUUUGAUUUUUUUGAUAUACCUGUUUAUUGUUAUGUUCUAUAAAUGAUGUCAAUUUUAUUUUUUAACCUUCAUAUUGUUUGUAAAACAAAGUUUCUUUAAGAAAAAAAUCCUUUGUUGAUCACUCCAUGUUUUGGUCUUGUUGUUUUGUUGUUUGUUUGUUUGUUUCUUAAUAAGAAAAAAAAACCAAGUUCCAUCUUACACAAUGUAUCUUAGAUACAUACGUUUGUAUAAUUAGAUGUGAGUCUUUUGAUUAGACCAUCAUUUAAAAUGAUUUUUUAAAAUACUAUUUCUGUUAAGUUUAUUUUGAUAAUAGGGUUUUGUGAAAUUAUGUUAUUAUUCUAGUAUAAGCUACUAUAGAUAGUUGUAUUUGAGGUAUUUGCUCUGUUUUAUCUAAAUAAAUGAAGAUAAUAGUUGAAAGGGAAAACUAUUCAUGGUGUUUUGUAUAGUUAAGCUUUAUCAUGUUUUCAUUAUGCUUAAUUCGUCUUUUAGAUAACUUUACUGGUUUCAAUAAAUAAAUUUUGUGGUUAUCUUAUUCCAUGUUGAAAAAAAUAAGAAUUAUUUGAAGCAAACAUUGUUUUAUUGUUUCACAAUACAUCUUAUAGUACAAAUUAACAUCUAGACUUUCAUAUAAAACUAGUCACUUUCAAUAUAUCAUAUGGAUUAACUUCUGUCUUGAUGUAUAGUAUGAACAACUUGAAGGUCUGAUGCGUGAAUACAAUUUAGAACAACGACUAGCUUUUCUACUCUUUUGGAAUUAUUUCUCACUAGAUGAAAGUUAUUUUCUUAUGUAUAUUACUAUUCGAAUGACGUUUUUCAUAUAGUAAACAACAGGAUAUUUUCCUCUGUACCAUAUUCAUGUUACGGAAAACUACAUUGUUGUUAAUAUCACUGACUUGAACAUUCUAAUGCGAGUGAUCAAUAUCUAGUUUAUUAGUAUGAAAUCUGAUACAUUUGUGAUUGUUGACUUCUAAUCUAUCGACAUUAAAGUACACUGAAAUUACAGUGAAGACCUUAUUUGUGACGAGUUUUCAUCAUAAAAUUAUGGUGCUGUCAUCUGUUUAUACAUUCAUGUUGACUUCAUUUGUCUGACAGCCAUGAACACAAGUUCAAUUCUAUAUACAUUGAAAUUCUAGACCAUGGAAAUUUCAAGCAAUCUCUAAAAGCAUGGCAUCUAAAUCAAUUAGCAAUCAACAAACACAUCAACAUAAAUUCAAGCUUUGAACCCAUGAGGAUUCCGAUUUAACGCUUGCCUCAUGAUUCAGUUUGAUGAUUUCCUCAUUGUAUGUCCUAUCCACUUUCAACGUCUUUUCCUAAUUUCCUCUUCAGCUAGAAGUUGGUUUGUUCUCUAUCACAGUAGGUUGUUGCUGAUGGUAUCCGGUCAAAAGGCAUUCACUAUCUUGUGUAGACAAUUGUUUACAAAUACUUGUACUAUUUUGAUGAUGGUUUUGGUAGUUCUCCAAGUUUCAGCUCCGUACAAUAGGACUGUCUUAACGAUCGUAUCGAAGAUUAUGAGUUUGAUAUUGGUUGACAGUUGUUUUGAGUUCCAUAUGUUCUUCAAUUGUAGGGAUGAGGCCCUUUGUCAAUCCUUGCCUUUACGUCUGCAUCGGAUCCUCUUUGUUGACCGAUGGUGCCGCCCAGAUAUGUGAACGUGUCCAUCUCUUCCAGAGUUUCUCCAAGUGUGAUUGUGUUGGUGUUCUCCGUAUUGUAUUUGGGGAUCUUACUUUUUCCCUUGUGUAUGUUGAGGCCUACUGAUGUAGAAGCUGCUGCUGCACUAGUUGUCUUCAUAAUCAAUGAAGUUGAUAUAUAAUGACAAGUUCCUUUCAACUGAUUGUUCAACUGUGAUCCCCAAUGUCUCAAUUCGGUCUGUGCACGACCGUUCCUUAUGAAAUUUGGCCUGUUGAUCUCGAAGUUGGACGCCUACUGAAUCUUUCGUCCGGUUCAGCAACACUUCAUUGAAAAUCUUUCUUGGUACUGACAGUAGUGUGAUGCAUCUGUAGUUCUCACAUUUGCUCAAAUCUUUCUUCGCUAUCUUGAUGAGGUAUCCUUCUUCCCAGUCCAUCGGAACUUGCUCUUCCUGAAUAGAACGUAAAGCAUACUUGCAGUCACUUCUAUGUCUGACUUCAGAGCUUCAGCUGGUAUACUGUCAGGUCCUGCGGCUUUCACACUCCUGAUUUGUCUGAUGGUCAUCCUGAUUUCUCCCGUCGUUGGUGGGGUGACGUCCAUAGGAAGGUCUGUAGGUGCUGCUUCGAUAGCCGGUGGACUCAAUGGAGCUGGUCUAUUCAAGAGUUCUCCAAAGUGUUCCACCCAUUUGUUCCCCUGUCCUUGAAUUUCAGUGAAUGUCUUGCCUUCUUUAUCCUUGAUUAGUCUCUCUGGUUUAUUAUAGUUCGCUGCCAGUUUCUUCGUCGUGUCAUAUAGCUGUCUCAUAUUUCCUUCUGUUGCAGCUUUUCCGCUGUCGUUGCUAGCUCUCACGUAUUUCUGCCUGUCAGCUCUAAUGCUAUUCUUUAUUGGCUUGUUUUCUUCAGUAUAUUCAGCUUGUGCCUUGACUUUCUCUGCUCUUGUUCGGUUGUUGUUAAUUACUGUCUUAUUCUUCCUUUCUUGAAUCUUAUCUAGGGUUUUGAUAAAGAUCCAUUCCUUAUGAUGCUUCUUCUUGCGACCCAGUACCUCCUGACACGUUGAAGUUAACACUUCUUUGAUCCCUCUCCAGUUGUCCUCCAUAAUAGUUUCUUCUUUCAGUAGAUCCUGUAGGGCUUGAAAUCUACUGUUGAGAGUUAUCUUGAAUUCGUUGAGUUUGUCAAUAUGUCGGAGGAAAGUUGUAUUAAACCUCUGUAAUGCUGUUUUUCCAGUUGUCCAGUGUUUCUCUAGCUUCCGUUUCAUCUUGGCGACCACCAGGUAGAUGGUGAUCUGAAGCUAUGUCAGCUCUUCUGGUUCCCACGUCUUCUAUUGUCCUUCUUAAUAUUUUAUUGAUACAAAUAUGAUCUAUUUGGUUCUCCUUGGUGUGGUCCGGUGAGACCCAUAUAGCUUUGUGUAUUCGUUUUUGUGGAAAUAUUAUGCCGCCUGUGACCAAUUUGUUGAAUUCAGAUAGAUUUGGAAAUCUGUCACCAUUUCCGUUCAUCUCUCCCAAUCCAUGUCGUCCAAAGAUAUCUUCAUAUCCCGUGUUGACAAUUCCGACUUUGGCGUCUAGGUCUUCCAUCAGGAUUGUCAGGUCCUUCCCUGGGCACUUCGUUAUAAUCGAUUGUAGCCUCGAGUAGAACUGAUCUUUAUCAUCAUCAUCAUCAUUGCUAUCAUUGGUGGGUGCAUAACACUGGAUAACAUUCAUUGUAAUUCCCUCCUUCACUGUUUUGAAGGAUACUUUGAUGAUUCUGGAUCUGUGAGAUUCCCAUCCUAUAAGUGUAUUUCGUGCUUCCUUGGACAACAUCAGAGCAACUUGAUGCGUGUGUGGAGCAUUUUCCUCUUUGUGACCGGAGUAUAGCAGCAUCUCUCUCGUAUUUAGCCUUUUCUGUCCAGCUUGGGUCUAGUGGGUUUUGCUGAUUCCCAGUACUGCCAAAUUGUAUCUCCUCAUUUCCGUUGCUAUUUGACUGGUCUUCCCGGUCUCACACAUUGUCCGGACAUUCCAU